AUGACUCCGCCGCCGCCCCAGCCACAGCCUCCGGGUCCGGACCCCGCUGCAGAUUCCGCGGCAGACCCUUGCCCCGGGCCCGGACCCCUAGUCGUACUGUUCGGGGCCACGGCCGGUGCGCUGGGGCCCGACUUGGGCUCCGACGAGACCGACUUAAUCCUUCUAGUCUGGCAAACAGUGGAGCCGCGGAGACGCCAGGUGGGGACGCUGCACAAGUCCCUAGUGCGCGCCGAGGCGGCCGCGCUGAGCCCGCAGUGCUGCGAGGCGAGCGGCCUUAGUGCCGACAGCCUGGCACGGGCCGAGCCACUGGACAAGGUGUUGCAGCAGUUCUCACAGCUGGUGAGCGCGGAGGUAGCUCUGCUCAGCGGGGGCCCCUACAUGCUCUGUACUGAUGGGCAGCAGCUGCUGCGACAGGUCCUGCACCCCGAGGCCUCCCGGAAGAACCUGGUGCUCCCCGACACCUUCUUCUCCUUCUAUGACCUCCGCAGAGAAUUCCAUAAUCAGCACCCAAGCAUCUGCCCCACCAAAGACCUCACGGUGGCCACAAUGGCACAGGACUUGGGGUUGGAAACAGAUGCCACAGAGGACGACUUUGGAGUCUGGGAAGUAAAGACAAUGGUAGCCAUCAUCCUCCACCUGCUGGAAGGGCCCGAUGGUCAAUUAUUUUCGAAGCCUGAGGUGGUAAAGCAGAAAUAUGAGACAGGGCCUUGCUCUGACCCUGUGUCCUGCCCCUACAGCAGCAAGGCUGACAUGGUGGACAGUGAGACUGUGAUACGGGCCCGUGGGUUGCCCUGGCAGUCAUCAGACCAGGACGUGGCUCGCUUCUUCAAAGGGCUCAACAUUGCCAGGGGCGGUGUAGCACUCUGUCUUAAUGCCCAGGGCCGCAGAAAUGGUGAGGCCCUCGUCCGCUUUGUGGACAGUGAGCAGCGGGACCUAGCACUGCAGAGGCACAAGCACCACAUGGGCGUCCGUUAUAUUGAGGUGUAUAAAGCCACAGGGGAGGAAUUUGUGAAGAUUGCAGGGGGCACAUCCUUAGAGGUGGUCCGUUUCCUGUCACGGGAAGACCAGGUGAUCCUGCGGCUGCGGGGACUGCCCUUCUCAGCUGGGCCAGCAGAUGUGCUGGCCUUCCUGGGGCCAGAGUGCCCAGUGACUGGGGGUGCUGAUGGGCUGCUCUUUGUGCGCCACCCUGACGGCCGGCCCACUGGUGAUGCCUUUGCCCUCUUUGCCUGUGAGGAGCUGGCACAGGCUGCCCUGCGCAGGCAUAAGGGUAUGCUGGGUAAGCGAUACAUCGAACUCUUCCGGAGCACUGCAGCAGAGGUGCAGCAGGUCCUGAACCGCUAUGCAUCCAGCCCACUCCUUCCCACCCUUACUGCCCCACUGCUGCCCAUCCCUUUCCCACUGGUAGCUGGGACCGGGAGGGAUUGUGUACGUCUUCGAGGCCUGCCCUACACAGCCACCAUUGAAGACAUCCUGAGCUUCCUGGGGGAGAUAGCAGCUGACAUCCGGCCCCAUGGUGUGCACAUGGUGCUCAACCAGCAGGGCCGGCCAUCAGGCGAUGCCUUCAUCCAGAUGACGUCAGCAGAGCGGGCCCUAGCUGCUGCUCAGCGUUGCCAUAAGAAGGUGAUGAAGGAACGCUAUGUGGAGGUGGUACCCUGCUCCACAGAGGAGAUGAGCCGUGUGCUGAUGGGGGCCACUUUGGGCCGCAGUGGCAUGUCCCCUCCACCCUGCAAGCUGCCCUGCCUCUCGCCACCCACCUAUGCCACCUUCCAGGCCACACCAGCCCUCAUUCCCACUGAGACAGCAGCUCUGUAUCCCUCUUCAGCACUGCUCCCGGCUACCAGGGUUCCUGCCACCCCCACCCCCGUUGCCUACUACCCAGGGCCAGCCACUCAGCUCUACAUGAACUACACAGCCUACUACCCCAGCCCCCCAGUCUCCCCUACCACUGUGGGCUACCUCACCACACCCCCUGCCACCCUGGCCUCUGCCCCCACCUCGGUGUUGUCCCAGCCAGGAGCCCUGAUUCGAAUGCAGGGCAUUCCAUACACAGCUGGUAUGAAGGAUCUGCUCAGUGUCUUCCAGGCUUACCAGCUAGCCCCUGAUGACUACACCAGUCUGAUGCCUGUUGGUGACCCGCCACGCACUGUGCUACAGGCCCCCAAAGAGUGGGUGUGUUUGUAGGUGAGGGAGACAGGCAGUAAGAGCUAGCUGAU